GUGCGCUUAAUUGGGCCCGAGGCCUGCCAACGCUAGCUCUCAUACACUGGUUGUGAAAACCGAAUGGCGGGGAACGCUGUUCAGAGAUCAGCCCAAUCAGAAUGCUUUCGCUGCAGAAUCAACGGCAACCGAAAACAAGCGCCCUGGUGGACGACUAUGAGAUCUCGGACACGGUGCUUGGCCUGGGCAUCAACGGCAAGGUAGUACAGUGCACCAAUCGACGCACCAAACAGAACUAUGCACUCAAGGUGUUGCUGGACAAUGAGAAAGCCCGGCGUGAGGUCGAUCUCCAUUGGCGUGUGAGUGGCUGCAAGCACAUCGUCAACAUCAUUGAUGUCUAUGAAAACACGUACAGCGGUCGAAAGUGUCUGUUGGUUGUGAUGGAAUGCAUGGAGGGCGGUGAGCUCUUCCAGCGCAUUCAGGACAAGGCCGAUGGGGCCUUUACGGAACGCGAGGCGGCACAGAUAAUGCACGAGAUAUGUGCGGCAAUAGACUAUCUGCACAGUCGCGAUAUCGCGCAUCGCGAUCUUAAGCCCGAGAACUUGCUCUACACCACAUCCCAGCCAAAUGCGAUCCUGAAGCUGACAGACUUCGGUUUUGCAAAAGAGACCUUCACCAAUGACACCCUCCAAACGCCCUGCUAUACACCGUACUAUGUUGCGCCCGAAGUACUGGGCCCUGAGAAAUACGACAAAAGCUGCGACAUCUGGUCGCUGGGAGUGGUCAUGUACAUUAUAAUGUGCGGCUUUCCGCCGUUCUACAGCAACAAUGGUUUAGCCAUUUCGCCGGGUAUGAAGAAGCGCAUCCGCACAGGGCAGUACGAUUUUCCCGAUCCGGAAUGGACGAACGUUAGCCAGUCGGCUAAGGAUUUGAUCAAGGGCAUGCUGAACGUGGACCCCAGCAAGCGUUUGCGCAUCCAAGACGUAAUACGCAACAAGUGGAUUGCCCAGUACAAUGCCGUGCCACAAACACCUCUGUGCACUGGCCGCAUGCUCAAGGAGGGUGAGGAGACCUGGCCGGAGGUACAAGAGGAAAUGACCCGCUCCCUGGCCACCAUGCGAGUGGACUACGAUCAGAUGCAAAUUAAGGCGCUGGACAAGUCGAACAAUCCACUCCUGACAAAGCGGAGGAAAAAGAUUGAGGAGAUCUAUGGAACAAAUGCUACGGCACGGAACUAGACAAAGCAAACAGAGCAACACAUACUGCUACGGCCAAUCUCCGAGUGAGAGUGAGGUAUAGGUAGAAAUAGAAGGAGGAGUAGGGCACGACAGAGGCCAUCAAAUCAGACGAUGGUUGUUUUUACCACUUAAGAGGACAACGUUGCAGUACGCUAUAAUUACUGCUAUAACUAUCGACAGCAACAGCAACUACUACUAUAACUAAAACUACUCCAUCAUGCUAUGUUACGUUACGUUUUCUUUCUUUGUCCAUUAUCUAAUGUAUGUAUAAUCCAUUUCCAAAAAAAAAAGGUUCUUAGGGUAUAUUUUUAGUCUGGAAAGUGCUCUUUUUUGAGAAGAAAAACAUACUUAAAAAAACUCUUUACUAAGCAAAAAAAAAAAGAAACGUGUAGAAAGCCUAGAGCAAGCCUAGCCCAGCUAGCCCUGCAGUGAGAACAUGUUUCCAGUUUUAGCUGGAGAAAUGCAGAAAUUUCGUAUUCUUCAGUCGCGUGAAAUGUUCUCGUUUCCGUUUGUAAACGUGCAAUUUGUAAUGUACUUUUUUUUAUUAGUGUGUACUUUUCACUUUUG